AUGGCUGGCGUGAGUGAACGUAUUGAACUGGAUGGGCACCCUGCGGCCCAUGGCACGGACGCGCAGUCGACGACGCUAACUCUACCCCCUUCUUUCGGAGAGAGAGCAGCAACCUCAGCAACCCUUCACCCGCCGCCGCUGACCGCCCACCCUCUCCGUCUCCGUCUUCGUCUCUCUGUCUCUCUGUCUCGCUGUCUCUCUCCCUAUUCUUUCCCGUUUCCUUUUCUGCUCGACUGUCGACCCGUCCAUCGUCCACCGUCUGCCGUUCGUCGUCUGCCGUCCGCCGCGCCCACGACUCGAGUGACCGUCCAAUGCACGCUUGAACACCGUCUCGGGAGGCUUGGUACACUGCUGCCAUCUCCGUCGCACCCACGACAGCCUCUCCGCGCCCGCCUGCCGCCGCCUUCUCUUCUCUGUUUUAAUAGCUUUUCUGCUUUCCUUUGUCUCAGGUCCCGUCCUCUCUGCUCCAGGCGCUGUCCCCGUCGACAGCACUUACCACCCACCACCCAGCCUCGACAGUCGUGUGGUAACGAGGUCCACAUGGCUCAGGUACUUGCGCCAAUCUCCCAGACCACCUCGCCCAUUACAAUGCCAUAUUCUCCCGAUGCCUACCCAACCGCGCCGUCGCAACCCCACCAGCAACGCCAGCACAUGCAGCGAAACUACAGCGGGCAGGCUGGGGGCACAGGCUACAGAGGCACUUCGACUCCCAUAGCCCCCUAUGCCUUUGCGAGCACGCCCCAGCUACGCCAGGACAACAAGCCUGCCGCCGUGCAAAACACUCAGCCUCCACAACAGCAGCCUCCCGCCCAUAGACAGCAAGCUCGCCUUGGCCACCCCUCUCAUCCCUCCUCCUCGUCCGACUCCACCGUGUCGACAUCGGGCUCUUCCAGUCGCUCGCUCGCGCACAUCUCGAAAGAUGACAACGACAUCAAGCCCAUUGGUGACUUCACUGCCAUCACACUGUCGACCGCCAUCCCUGACCUGUCGCUCUCGCUCGACGACGCUCCCGUCAAGGCGUCGCCGGGACGCUACAGGCGAGCCGCUGCGAGAACAGACUCCUCGGCCAGCAUAUCGACAGGUGCUUCUACGCCAACAGCGACCCAACGAUCAUCCACAGCAAGCACGCCCACAAACUCGACCCACGACACAUCGGUCGGUGACAACGACUUGACACCAACCGGCAGACCUGGACACAAUCGGGCUAAUAGCGCAGACAACACCCUUGUGCAAGUUGGCACCCAAGACUCUGCGAAACGCUACAGGCGUCGUAGCUUCGCUGGAGUGGAAGGCAAUGAACAACCACCUAGUGCCACUCUGGCUGGGUCUGUCCCAGUGAAAACAGCGGUAACCGGCACUGGGCGGCCUACGUCCAACUCAGGACGGCCCGGCAGCCGACCAGCCUCGAGUCACAGCCACCAAAGACAAGGCAGCGCCAGUAGCAUCCAGUCAAGCACCUCGCCCAAACCACCGACUGCUGCAGCUGCAGAGCCUGCACGACGAACUGCACCCUCUCCUUUGUCACAACCAGUCUCCCCUCCAGAACCAUCGAAUGCGGCGAGAGGGCAGAUUGGCAGCGAAGCCAUGAAGCAUCUCGCAGCUGUGAAUGAGAAGGACAAGGGCAUGAAGUCACGUCUACGAAGAGCCUUCUCUUUCGGCAGCGCCGCCGAGCUGCGACGUGCUUCUGCCGAGAAUGCCAUCUCUGCCGAACGUGCGAGGCUGAGAAAAGACAAGUACCAAACUAAUGAGGAUGCGGAACAGGCCGCCAUCAUUGCAAAGCAGGAAGCUGCUGGCAUUGGCGCUGGUAUCUACUCCGGCCAGGGGGGGAUUGGCUCGAAUGACAACCUCUCCAUCCAGUCGGCUGCUUCGUCCGCCUCCAUCAUGCUUCGAAAGAUGGGUAGCGGGAUGAAAAAGGGCACCAGAUCCAUCAAGGGGCUAUUCCGACCGAAAUCCGUCAUCGGCGUACCCGCUGCUGAUGGGCCCAUCUCUCGGCCCAGCGUUGGUCAGGUCUCAAUGGUCUCUGUUGAAGCAGAACGCCAGAAGGUCAACGUCAACGCAAAAGCCCAGGAUCAGGUCCGUGGUGGUACCGGAUAUCCCAGGCUGGAGCGCAACUCGAUUGAUGCUGGUCGGACUGCCGAGAUUGUCAACGCCGAUGGCUCGAUUGCCAGUGAAAUGGCAAGGAAGAGCAUUGUCGGCGGAGACCGCGAACGUGCUGAGAUCCUUUCCAACAUGAAGAAGGGCAUAUUGAAGCGUAACGGAACCAACUCAGACUCUGGGUCGCCCACCAUUCGACCUCUUGACGGCCCACAACCCACGUUCGCUAUCAACGCGCCGAUUACCCCUACCCACGACAAGGGUAAGGCGAACAGCGACGACUACUUCACGAAACCUCCAAAAAUUACGAACGGAAGUACAAGAAGCCUGCCAGUCACUCCGGCUGCUUCCAGGAAUAUCUCUUUCAGCCCGCGCAUCCAAUUCCACGAUGCAUGGUCACCUCACGAUUACGACCGCCGAGGAGACAUCGCGACCUGCAACAGGCUCACGCCUAUGCUCGCGCAACAAAUCAAGGAGGAACUCAACUCCUUCAAAAUGGAGAUGGAAGUUCAUGAAUCAUCCAAACCCCACACACAUUUCUUCUAA